AUGGGUGAUCGUAGGCAUGACAGCAUGAGUGAGCGUAGGCAUGAUAGCAUGAGUGAUCGUAGGCAUGAUAGCAUGGGUGAUCGUAGGCAUGAUAGCAUGGGUGAUCGUAGGCAUGAUAGCAUGGGUGAUCGUAGGCAUGACAGCAUGAGUGAGCGUAGGCAUGAUAGCAUGAGUGAUCGUAGGCAUGAUAGCAUGGGUGAUCGUAGGCAUGAUAGCAUGGGUGAUCGUAGACAUGAUAGCAUGAGUGAUCGUAGGCAUGACAGCAUGAGUGAUCGUAGGCAUGAUAGCAUGAGUGAUCGUAGACAUGAUAGCAUGAGUGAUCGUAGGCAUGAUAGCAUGAGUGAUCGUAGGCAUGAUAGCAUGAGUGAUCGUAGGCAUGAUAGCAUGGGUGAUCGUAGGCAUGAUAGCAUGAGUGAUCGUAGGCAUGAUAGCAUGGGUGAUCGUAGGCAUGACAGCAUGAGUGAUCGUAGGCAUGAUAGCAUGAGUGAUCGUAGGCGUGAUAGCAUGAGUGAUCGUAGGCGUGAUAGCAUGAGUGAUCGUAGGCAUGAUAGCAUGAGUGAUCGUAGGCGUGAUAGCAUGAGUGAUCGUAGGCGUGAUAGCAUGAGUGAUCGUAGACAUGAUAGCAUGAGUGAUCGUAGGCAUGAUAGCAUGAGUGAUCGUAGACAUGAUAGCAUGAGUGAUCGUAGGCAUGAUAGCAUGAGUGAGCGUAGGCAUGAUAGCAUGAGUGAUCGUAGGCAUGAUAGCAUGGGUGAUCGUAGGCAUGAUAGCAUGGGUGAUCGUAGGCAUGACAGCAUGAGUGAUCGUAGGCAUGAUAGCAUGGGUGAUCGUAGGCAUGACAGCAUGAGUGAUCGUAGACAUGAUAGCAUGAGUGAUCGUAGGCAUGAUAGCAUGAGUGAGCGUAGGCAUGAUAGCAUGAGUGAGCGUAGGCAUGAUAGCAUGAGUGAUCGUAGACAUGAUAGCAUGAGUGAUCGUAGGCAUGAUAGCAUGAGUGAUGGUAGGCAUGAUAGCAUGGGUGAUCGUAGGCAUGAUAGCAUGAGUGAUCGUAGGCAUGACAGCAUGAGUGAUGGUAGGCAUGAUAGCAUGGGUGAUCGUAGGCAUGACAGCAUGAGUGAUCGUAGGCAUGACAGCAUGAGUGAUCGUAGUCAUGAUAGCAUGGGUGAUCGUAGGCAUGACAGCAUGAGUGAUCGUAGGCAUGAUAGCAUGAGUGAUGGUAGGCAUGAUAAAGUGGACUGCUCCGGGGUAAUGAGAUGCAACAUUGUUUCAGUAUAUUACUAA